CUUUCUUUGCCUCAAAGUUGUUAAAUUUAAUUGAUACAACUCUACAAAUUUCAAAUAAUAUAAAAUUGAAAUAGAAAUCAUCAACCGACAUUGCGCUUAUAAAAACGACCGCUUGCCCUUGUAUUUUGCAUACUCUGCUUCGAGACUAUUUCAGUAAAUCUCAGAGCGAAAAAAAUCCGAGAAAAAAAGAAAAAUGGCGGAGAAGGUGAUUCUGCUUGAUAUGUAUCCAAGCAUGUUCGGAAUGAGGGCGAGAGUGGCGUUAGGGGUAAAGGGCGUGGAAUACGAAUACAGAGAGGAGGAGUUGAGCAACAAAAGUCAGCUUCUGCUUGAAUCCAACCCCGUUCACAAGAAAAUCCCCGUUUUGAUUCACAACGGCAAACCCGUUUGCGAAUCCCUCAUCAUUGUUCAGUACAUCGACGAGGUGUGGAACCACAAAUCCCCUCUUUUGCCUUCCGAUCCUUACCAGAAAGCUCAAGCUAGGUUUUGGGCUGAUUACAUCGACAAAAAGCUGUAUGACGCUGGAAAAAAGCUGGGGACUACAAAAGGAGAAGAGCAAGAAGCGGCGAAGAAGGAAUUCGUGGAGAUUCUGAAACUGUUGGAGUCGCAGCUGGGCGAGAAGCCCUUCUUCGGCGGCGACAGCUUCGGGUUUGUGGAUGUGGCGUUGAUCACAUUUUCCACGUGGUUCCACACCUACGAAGCGUUCGCCAACUUCAGCAUCGAAGAGCAGUGCCCCAAAUUGGCGGCGUGGGUGAAGAGGUGUUUGGAGAUAGAGGCUGUGUCCAAAUCGUUGGCGGAUCCCAACAAGGUUUACGACUUCGCUUUGGCCCUCAAGAAGAAGCUCGGUGUCGAGUAGGCUACUCUGUUCUUGCGUAAUUCUAAUUACUUUGUGUGAUUUUUGUGAGUUGUAUUUUCCUUGUGUUUAUUUUGAGUUGCAGAAUAAAGGGCUAGACUGCUCCUAGCUUAGUUAUCUUUGUAAUUUCAUGCAUGCUUCUGGCUUGUCUUGUUACGGUGCUGCAGUUAAAGCACUUGUAUGUAUUGAAGUGUAGUUCUUUAAGGCUGUGUUUCUUUUGAGGCACGGGGAAGGAUAAAUUCAAUUUAUCAUUUUAUACCUUA